CUCCAGUUACUCACACAUCAACAUGGCGACGUGCAGAACGAUGGGGCGAAGCAGGGGAAAUAUUUGUGCUCUUUCUCUGGUUAUUUUCCUUCAGCUGUUAGUCAGUGGCUGCCUGUCAGCUCCGGUAAACAACAGCAACACGGCGAUAGCAUCAACACAAAAUGCGUCUCCAAGUAUUAUCACUGUGGACAAGAAAGUAAAUGACACUGUGCCUCCGCCAUCUCAACCGAGUGUAGUGGCUGCCACAGAAUCAAAGAAGCCUUCAACACCCGCUGGCAAUGACUCCACAACAGCAGCAGCAGCAGCAGCAACGGCCCCUAAAAACAGCUCAGCAGCAGCAGCAGCAGCAACGGCCCCUAAAAACAGCUCCACAGCAGCAGCAGCAACAGCAGCAGCAGCGGCCCCUAAAAGCAGCUCCACAGCAGCAGCAGCAGCAGCAGCCCCUAAAAGCAGCUCCACAGCAGCCAUUAGACCAAUAGUCACGGGGAAGGACCAUGAGGAAACCACUCCAGAUUCAGUCACCAUUAUUGAAACCUCUGACAAUCCUCUGAUGCCAGAACCUGUCGACCCAGUAAUAGGUGAAGUUGCAAACAACAAAAACCAGUCAACAGACAAACCUGCUGUUGCUGAAACUACCACAACUGCUAUUCCCAAAGUACCCACCACUGCCCGUGUCAUAACCCCUGAAUCAUCCAAUCCUUUUACGGAAAAGGAAGCUCCGUUUUACGACUACAAAUCCUCCAUCGCUGUGAACCCGUCCACAGAGCAGGAACCUGAUCUAGACCUGCAGCCGACCACUGACGGAGGACCCGCACGCCACAUCGAUCUGGAUAAUUACCCCGAGGAGGAAGACGAGGACGAUGACGCCACCUACAACGACGUUUAUGAAAACAACAGCAUGAAUAUGGCCAAAGGGGAGCCGGCGAGCAGGCUGCAGCCCGAGGACAUGGAGGUGACGCGCUACAAGGGAGCAGACAGCUACAACACCGAGGACGAGGACUCCCACUUCUUCUUUCAUCUGGUCAUCCUGGCUUUCCUGGUGGCCAUUGUCUACAUCACUUAUCACAACAAGAGGAAGAUCUACCUCCUGGCUCAGAGCCGGCGCUGGAAGGACGGUCUGUGUUCCCGCAACACGGUGGAGUAUCACCGCCUGGACCAGAACGUCAACGAGGCCAUGCCGUCCCUCAAGAUGACCCGGGACUACGUGUUCUGAUCCAGGUUCAUGAGAACAGUUUGUUGAGAGCAGCACAGAGCCAGUUGGCCUUCCUGCCUGUCCGGCCGCGAUGAUGAGAUCCCGUUGUCAUGGAGAUUGAGCGAUGCUUUCUGUUGCUUUACAGGCCAACUGGAGAGCACUGUGUCGUUGGGAUAGAUUAUGUUUGUUUGGAACUUUUCUGUUGUCAGCAUAGAGAUAUUUUCACUGUUUAUCUUUUAUUAUUAUUUGAUGCAUUAUUAUUUGUAAUUCUCUUCUUAAUUAUGGCUUUUUGGGAUUUGCUAUUUUGGGUUUUUAGGUGUUUUAGUUGUCUUUUUUGGGAGUUUUUCAGCCCCUCUACACCUGUUUUUGUUUUCCUUCUUGCAUACUGUCUUAAUAUGUUUAAUACUCACUUGCAUUCAUUAACAGUUGAUUAUUUACCCCAAAGAUUAAUUAGGGAUUUCUCUAUUAGCAGUUAGCCACAAUAUCAAUCUAGGAGAAAUGCAUAAAACACAGUCCUUCCAACAUCUUACUGUAAGAACGUUACUGUAAACUAUUAAGGAACAAUGAAAACAAAUUGUGUAUCAUGUAGAAGGAGUUUGAUUAUUAUUUUAUAAAGAAAUCAUACAUUCACUGAGAUUUAAAAUAUAGUACACACUUAUUUUCAACUGUUUAACCAUCAGCUAUUUCCUGUUGCACCUUUGCAAAAAAAAUCCAUAAUAGCCUUUUCAUUUUGAUUUCACAUUAUAUAUGGGACGUAACAUCUCUAGUACAUGUUGGGACAUUACGCUGCACAUUAGGGAGGAUGACUCUUCACGGGGGGGGGGACUUUCCAUCUGCUUAAGCCAUUUAAUGAAGACGGAUGGGGAAUAUUGUUAAAAUGGCUAGAAUGUUCUCAUCUCAAGUUUUUCCUUGUUCAUCAAUUUAUAUUUGACUUGUCUACGGUAUCUCUUCUACUGCCCAGAUUUCGCUAUGCAUAAACCCUCGGGCUGGCCCCCUUUGUUUUAUGACUUCGGUGAAGUCUCUAUAAAUCAUUCAUGGUCUUCAUCGUGGCAAAAUAUAACGGCCGUGUUUCCUCAUGCUCACACAGAACUUUUCCUUUUCAGUUACUUCCUGUCAGAGUACCGUUUGCUGCGCUCGCUGCUAUUUCUGUUCGCCAGAUCUGCGUGGCUUGAUGUUCACAUGAUUAAAAAAUCACAACAAAAAAAAAGACCGUAACUUUAUUUCUUAUUCUUCACAGCCACAUGUUUUUCUGACUGUUGCCGUCUCAUGCCUUUAAUUCAUUGCCAUAACUGCCACAUGCAUCCACAUUGUUGUUUUAAAGCUCUUGUUACUUUUGCCACUUUUCAGAGGUCAGUUUGUAUUUAAAGGUUCAGAAUGGUUAUAAUUGUAAUGUGAUUUGCACUUUGCCGUUCAGUCAUGAGCUCAAACAGGAGGAGGGGGGAGGGGUUUCCUGCGUAAAGGGGAUGCAUCAACACUGCUCUUGCAAUCAACAGUAGAAAUGUAAAAUCUCUUUUUUUGUCAAUAAAGCACAAAUUGUGUAGA